UCAAUAAAAGCAUCUGUGAGCUUGAAGGAUAGCUACAUGACUAAACACAAGCUCAGAGCAUCACACAGGGGCGACUGUCACCAUGAUUGACCUGAGUUUCUUGACCAAAGAGGAACAGGAAACCAUCCUGACUGUGCUGAAACGAGAUGCUGAGCUGAAGAAGCUCGAGGACCAACGUGUCCAAAACCUGCAGAAGUCCGCGAUGAACAGAAGCCAGCUGAGAUACUUGACUGGAGAGUGGUUCUAUGAGACGAAGCAGCUUCGCCAUCAGGAUCGCAUCCAUGGCUCUGACAUCAUCAGGGCCUCCAUGAGGCGCACACAUCAACUGAAGACGAUACUGGAGCUCUCCCACACAUCGGCUGAGAGGUGCAGCUUUGUCAGCACUGAGAGCAAAGAUGUGUCCUCACCAGCUGUUUGCUGUGGCGUCCUCCAGGAGCCUCACAUGGAGCUCAGCAGUAAUCAGUGA